GAUACUAUGGGGAGAGAAAGCAUGACGCAAACGCACUUCCGGACAUGCGUUUUAGCACGUUAGCGGCACCAACAUGGCGAUGACAAUGAGCCAAAAUGAUGUUCAGGUGCAACAGAAAGAAGGAGAGGAGGAUGAUCAGUCUAUAUCUAGAUCUGACAGUGGUGAGGAUUCACUCGAUGGCCUUAUGAGCCACAGAUGUCCCUUGACCCCUUCGCUGUCUCCACGUAAACGGACCACCAGCCAAAGCAAAACAGAGCCUCCACUUCUGAGGACGAAUAAGAGGACAAUCUACACUGCGGGGCGUCCACCUUGGUACAAUGUUACUGGGACCACCUUUAAAGAAGCCUUUGUCAUAGGUCUUUGUGGAGGAAGUGCUUCUGGGAAAACCACCGUGGCCAAUAAGAUCAUAGAGGCUCUUGAUGUUCCUUGGGUUGUUCUGCUCUCUAUGGAUUCUUUCUACAAGGUUUUGAGUAAAGAGGAGCAGGAGUUGGCAGCUAGAAACGAGUACAACUUUGAUCAUCCUGAUGCCUUUGAUUUUGAACUGCUGGUAACUGUGUUGAGAAAACUAAAAAAGGGCAAAAGCAUCAAAGUGCCAGUGUAUGACUUUACCAGUCACAGUCGUCGCAAGGAGUGGAAAACAGUCUAUGGGGCCAACGUUGUGAUAUUUGAGGGAAUCUUGGCUUUUGCCAACAAGGAGCUUUUAAAGCUCCUAGACAUGAAGGUAUUUGUAGACACAGACUCUGACAUCCGGCUAGUCAGGCGGCUAAAAAGGGACAUCACGGACAGAGGACGUGACAUUGUAGGUGUCAUUAAACAGUACAACAAAUUUGUCAAGCCAGCGUUCGAGCAGUACAUCGAACCCACUGUGCAGGUUGCAGAUAUUGUGGUCCCAAGAGGUGGAGAAAACUUUGUAGCCUUGGAUCUGAUUGUUCAGCAUGUUCACAGUCAGCUGGAAAAGAGGAAACUCCGCUGGGAUAUAUCAGCCUUGGCAUCUGCCCAUCAGGGUCAACCUCUACCUGAGACCCUGAGUGUCAUGGAGAGCACCCCACAGGUCAGAGGAAUGCACACUAUUAUCAGGAAUAAAGAAACCAGUCGAGAUGAAUUUAUUUUCUAUUCAAAGAGAUUAAUGAGGCUUCUUAUAGAGCACGCCCUGUCCUUUCUGCCUCUGAAGCCGGUGUCUGUUGAAACUCCUCAAGGAACUGUAUAUGAAGGGAAGAGGCUGAGCGGGAAAAGGAUCACUGGUGUGUCCAUUUUACGGGCAGGAGAGACCAUGGAACAGGCCUUGAUGGCUGUUUGUAAGGACAUUCGACUCGGAAAGAUCCUCAUUCAGACCAAUCAUGACACAGGAGAGCCUGAGCUCCAUUACCUUCGUCUUCCCAAGGACCUCAGUGAGGAUUAUGUUAUCCUGAUGGACAGCACUGUGUCAACAGGAGCGGCAGCUCUCAUGGCUGUCAGAGUCUUACUUGAUCAUGAUGUCCAGGAGGAUAAGAUCUUCCUGAUCUCUCUCCUCAUGGCGGAGAUGGGCGUUCACUCAGUGGCCUAUGCCUUUCCCAAAGUGCGCAUCAUCACCACUGCUGUGGACAAGAAUGUCAACGAUGAGUUUCACAUCAUUCCAGGGAUUGGUAAUUUUGGGGACCGUUAUUUUGGGACUGAUGCUCCUUCAGACUGGUAUGAAAGUGAUGAUGGGAUGGACUACUGAAUUUCAUCAAGACCUGUAUGUGAGCAACUGUAUCUGCACGCGUCAGAGAAGGGAACUUUUAAGCACUUAAUCUCAUAUGAUUGUGGACCCAUUGCCCAGCCCUAUAUAAGCCUUAGUUGCAGGACUGCGUUCUACACAUAAGUUGAUUCUCAAUAAAGGUUAAAGCAAUAAUGGACCCCCAAACAUGAGAGAUUACUGCUCAAUCGCUUUCCUUGCAGUGCCCACAUGACCAUCACAAUUUAAGAAUUUUUCAUUAUUACUUGAACUUCGAAAUAAGAGUGGAAAAAUAAGGGCAAACCUUAGUUUCUUCAUGGGAGUGUUUGAAAUGGUAUGCUACCAAACUACCUUGUACUGUUUUUCAGUAGUAUGAGUAGACAGUAUAUACUGUGUAGAAUACAGUAUACUGUAUGUAAUUGAUUGCAAACACCGCUCAUACUUGGUGUUUGUUACAUGAUUUCAUGUUGUCUUGACUUAUCUUUCAUUGGUAUAGCAUAUAUAGCAUACAUGUGCAUUUGAAACGCUUGACCAAAUUGACAUUUCAUAGUGAGCAAAACAUGCCUGCUUCAAUUUAACCUGCCUUUAAUGUUGCAGCUUUUGCUAAAAAUCUGCGUAAAUGUUACUACCUUAAAUAGUAACCCAAGCACAAAUAGAUAUCAUUUUUUGCUGCAAUUCUGCUCAUAAACCGUAUAUCUGUUGUUUAAUUUACGUUAACAUUGUUGUUUUGCCUUUUUUCCCCCCAAUUGACUGGUGUCUUGAAGGCGAUACUGAUGUGAAGUGCCAAUCAAUAUAUCAGCCUACUUGAUAGUGUGUGUGUGUGUGUGU